AUGACACUGGGGAAGUCUAGUACCAACCGAUCUCUCCCUAUCAAUGCCACCACCACCAAAGUACAUGCCACAUCCAAAUCUGCUACGCCGUCUACCAAAAGCAGACCGCCAUUAGAGGCUGCAGGCAAUUCGAACGGCGAAAGCAUAACGGGCAGCUUACAGAAGAAUGAAGAACAACGACCUGAACAGCCAGAUCAGUCAGAACCUACCUCGAAACCUUCAACAGAAGAUGCGAACCCUCACGCCGCGAGCGGCCAAGCACAGGAUCCCCAGGGCACCUGGCUAGCUUGGCUGUCAAAAAAGGAUGCCCCUACAUCUAGCUUGGUAGGUGUACAAGGACAGCAGUCAUCGCCUCAAUCGGACACGGCGGUGGCUACUCCCACUCCCACUUCAACAAAUGAAAAUACCGAGGCUCACUCGGUCACGAACGAGCAAUCAAAAGACUGCUUGAACGUCAACAACAAGCGGAGUUGGUAUCAUAUGUGGGCUGGUGAUGCACUCGGUGGGAUAACAAAAAAGGAAGAGUCUUCGCGGGAUCAUGCGUCUCCUGCAACCGAAAGUCCCCAAUCGGCGAAGAGGCAAACCCAAUGCCUCGAUAUCCCCACCCCUGCUAAGCCACAGUCGAAGUCAGCUUCUCAGGCAUCAUCCCUGGAGAUUUCAGCGCCUCCACCACUCCGAGAGGAUGGCACAAAGUCCUCAGGCUGGGUAUUCUGGUCCCGGGAUAGGAAGAGACCUUCAUCAACCAAUGCGGAAAAUGAGCCGCAUGUUGGAGAGAUUGCCGUGUCAGAUACCUUAUCACAGACAAAGCCCAGACGUGCAUCAAUAUCUCUACAGGAUGACUCGACCAGACCUGUUGUUGAACCCCGUCUUCACGAAGAGCAAUCGAAGAUUGAUGUCGCUCAGAAAUCUGCCUUGACGCCGCAGGCACUGACGGAAUCGCCACAGACGCCUAAAACAACUAAACCCCAGAGGAACACCGCUGCAUCUAUGGACAGCUCAACCACCAAUGCCAAAUCUCGUAAUGCUACUGCGGUCGUAAGAGAACCCGUCGAGGUCGGAACACCUCGUACAGCAUCGCCAGCCCCGUCAAAGACGGAAUAUUCAAAUCUGCUAUUGCCACCGAUAAAAGAAACUCUCCAUCUGGAAGAGACCCCUUCGAUCUUGCAGCAGAUUGCCAGAUUACUCUACUACACGAAAGAGCCGGAGCUCAAACAUCUCUCCCUUGUCAAAGACCCCCCACGGAUAAAGAAUGCUCUCGCCAUUGGUGUGCAUGGCUAUUUCCCGGCGCCUCUCAUUCGCACCGUUCUUGGCCAGCCGACGGGGACAUCUAUCAAGUUUGCUGACAUGGCGGCCAAAUGUAUCAAGAAGUGGACACAAAGCCAUGGUUAUGACUGCGAAGUCAAGAGUGCCGCCCUCGAAGGUGAGGGUCGGAUCGCUGAGAGGGUGGAGCUACUAUGGAAGCUGUUACUCAACUGGAUCGACGAAAUCCGCCGAUCUGAUUUUGUCAUGAUAGCAUGCCACAGUCAAGGAGUUCCGGUAGCCAUCAUGCUGGUGGCAAAGUUGCUACAGUUCGGGUGUAUCAGUGCUGCACGGGUGGGAAUCUGCGCCAUGGCCGGAGUCAAUAUGGGGCCCUUUCAGGAGUACAAGUCACGUUGGAUCAGUGGCUCUGCUGGCGAGCUCUUCGAGUUCUCUGACCCAAACAGCAAGGUGUCAAGGAACUACUUUGCUGCUAUCGAAGAGGUGCUGAGAUCUGGUCUGGUCAAACUGACGUUUGUCGGCAGUAUAGACGAUCAGCUCGUGUCCAUGGACUCGUCGAUCUUUGCACCCAUCUCGCAUCCGCAUAUCUACAGAGCGGUCUUCAUAGACUCUCGAAUUCACGCGCCAAACUUCCUAUCACAUCUCGUUGGGUUUGCAUUGAAAUUACGCAAUGUUGGUGUCCCGGAUCAUGGGCUGAUUAAAGAGUUGUCGUCACCAUUGGCCGGCAGUCUGUACGGCGGAGAAGGACAUUCACGCAUUUACGAAGAUGAUGCAGUUUACGACAUUGCGAUCUCGUUUGCCUUGGAGACGAAUGCUCUUCAAGACGCACUAGUGUCCCGAAGACCAACAAGCAGCAGCGGGACAAACCCGUACAUUUUACCCUUUGCGAUGCGAGGAAUCUUAGAGGAAGAUUACGUGAAGAAAGAGCUGCAGCAGGAAGCGCAAGAAUUACUGGCGCAGUUUGAUGAAUGGAAACCGAUGACCAAGGCACUCAAAGACGUCAAGUUCCGGCUAGAAGGGAUUAGAUCGAAGUUGUAG